GCGCCGUGUUUACAGCGAUCACAGCAGACUGCAGACUGACCGAGAGAGACUGUGUAUGUACCUGUGCAUUAAUCUGUUCAACUACGCUACCAGUUCAGCUAUCUAUCGACGGAGAGCAUUGGGUAGCCAAAGUACUUGACCUGAGCCGGAGCAAAUAGGUCAAAUAUUACAUUUUCCGUCAGCAUGAAGGUGAAUUACGGCUACCACAACAACGCGGUGUGUGUGCGUGCAUGAUGACCGGCUGAGGAGGAGGAGGAGAAGGAGGCUGCGGUCUGAAACCAGAUUUUAUCCUGGAAAUUUCGAAGCAGACGUGGUGUCUUCAACAUAACUGGGCUGUGUUUGAAUGUAAUAUGUUACAGUGUGACCCGGUUCAUCUCUUUCCAUACCUAUUUUAAUUGAGGUCUGACCCGUUAUUUUUUGCAUUCUGAGGACCCUCUAUCAGCGGGACGUUGAAGAUUUUUUCCUCCAGAUAUGGAGUGUGAAGAUGUGGAUUACAGAGGAAUCCCCGCCGCUAGUUUAGCCGUAAUGGUCUUAUCAUACACGUCAAUCCGGCGUGGUCUGUGGCAGGGAUAAAGAGAACUAUGAGUUCACGCCGUCUGGCCAGGGGGAUAAAUCGGUGAAAUUUUUUUGGGAGCACGACUGGAUUCCCAUUAGGAACGUGAGAGGGCUACUCCGCUAGCCUGUUAGUUGUAGCUAUUAGCUCCAUUAGCCGGCUAACAGCUAAAAGGUGCUGGCUGGAGAUUAAAAGGCGUUUUAACUAUUCUGACCAGGUUUUCCCACGUUUACGCCUCCGAAGCCUAUUUAUUUACUGGAUUUUGGCGGGAUUUACAUUCACAGGAAUGCGGUGUCGAAUGGAAAGGAGCCCCUUGACCUUGUUUUGGGGUCUGAUGCUGGGUCUGUCGUUCUGCCUCCGGCCCGCCACCGCAGAGAUUUGUGGUCCCAGCAUCGACAUUGGCAAUGACAUCAGUGAAUUUAGGCGUCUGGAGAACUGCACGGUGGUGGAGGGCUACUUGCAGAUCCUCCUCAUCGGUGACAAAAACAACAACAACAUCAACCAGGAAGUCUUCCGCUCCCUCAGCUUUCCCAAGCUGACCAUGAUCACAGACUAUCUGCUGCUGUUCAGGGUGUCUGGCCUGGACAGUCUGAGCACGCUCUUUCCCAACCUCGCCGUCAUCCGCGGCCGCAACCUUUUCUAUAACUACGCCCUGGUGAUCUUCGAGAUGACCAGCCUGAAGGACAUCGGUCUGUACAACCUGAGGAACAUCACCCGCGGGGCCAUCCGCAUUGAGAAGAACCCAGAGCUCUGCUACCUGGACUCCUUAGACUGGUCUCUCAUCAUGGAUGCAGAGUUCAACAAUUACAUCGCUGGGAACAAGCAGUCCAAAGAGUGCAGUGACGUUUGUCCAGGCAUUAUGGAGAACAACCCUCUGUGCAGAAAGACCAUGUUUAACAACAACUACAAUUACCGCUGCUGGAACUCCAAUCAUUGUCAGAAAGAGUGCCCAGAGAAGUGUGGACGGCGAGCUUGCACAUCAGACGGCGAGUGCUGCCAUCCCCAGUGUCUGGGCAGCUGCACAGUUCCCGGGAGUGAUGGCGCAUGCGCCGCAUGUGUGCAUUACUACUACCUAGGGCGCUGCGUGGCUGACUGCCCUCAAGGCACUUUUAGGUUUGAGGGCUGGCGUUGUAUCAGCAAAGAUCUUUGCUCUAAAGUCCACCUCCCGGACUAUGACACCUUCGUCAUCCACGGAGGGGAAUGCAUGCCUGAAUGUCCAUCUGGGUACACAAGAUCUGCAACCAACAGUAUGUAUUGUACGGCCUGUGAUGGUCUGUGUGAUAAAGUGUGUGAUGGGAAGGUCGUUGACUCCAUGGAUGCUGCUCAGUCUCUCAAAGGAUGCACUGUUAUCAGAGGCAACCUGCACAUCAACAUCCGCAGAGGCCAUAACAUUGUGGCAGAGCUGGAGAGUUUCACAGGUUUGAUCCAAAGAGUGACCGGUCAUGUUCGAAUCACACACGCACACACUCUGAGCUCCCUGGCCUUCCUCCGCAGCCUCAGAUACAUCGAUGGAGAAAACCUUCUGGAGGACACGUAUGCCUUCUCAGCACUUGACAACCAGCAGCUCCAGUAUCUUUGGGACUGGAAGCAGCACAACCUCACCAUAAAAGCAGGAAAGCUCUUCUUUAGAGCCAACCCGAAGCUCUGCAUGUCUGAGAUCCGCAAGAUGUGGGACAAGACGGGCAUCCAGGGCCGCUUUGAUGAGACAGACUUCCGAAACAACGGCGACAGAGCCAGUUGUGAGAGUACUAUCCUGCAGUUCAAGUACAACAGCACCAGCAGCACAAGGAUCAAGCUGAUAUGGCAGCGCUACCGACCCCCAGACUACAGAGACCUCAUCAGCUUUAUCGUCUACUACAAGGAGGCGCCAUUUCAGAACAUCACAGAGUUUGAGGGGCAGGACGGAUGUGGCUCCAACAGCUGGAAUAUGGUGGAUGUGGAGCUGAGACCUGACAAGGACUCUGACCCAGGAGUUCUACUUUCCGGUCUGAAACCUUGGACGCAGUAUGCUAUCUUUGUUAAAGCCAUCACACUCAUGGUGGAGGACAAACACAUGCCAGGUGCCAAGAGCAAAGUGGUCUACAUCCGCACCAGCCCCUCGGUGCCCUCAAUGCCUCAGGAUGUGCGAGCCUAUUCUAACUCAUCUACUCAGCUGGUGGUACGCUGGUCGCCACCUGUCUCACCCAAUGGGAACCACACUUACUACCUGGUGAGAUGGCAACAACAAGCUGAAGACAGAGAACUGUAUCAGCACAACUACUGUUCCAAAGAGCUGAAGAUCCCCAUAAGGAUUGCUGCCACUGGGGUUGGAGACCAGGAAGAAGACACAAAGCCCACUAAACCAGAUCCUGAUGGGGCAGAUAAAGGCCCAUGUUGUCCCUGCCCCAAAUCGGUGGAAGACCAGGAGGCUGAAGCUGCCGAUGCCUCUUACAGAAAAGUCUUUGAAAACUUCCUGCACAACUCCAUUUUUACACCUAGGCCACCAGAUCGGCGCCGCAGAGAUCUCUUCGGUGUUGCAAACUCCACUCACACCCACCGCCACCGUCUGCACACUAACAGCAGCACCGUCCCCCCCCUCCAAACCGCUGGUAACAGCAGCGUUACUGACCCGGAGCCAGCCGAACGAGAGUUUGAGUUUAUGGAGCAGGCCGUGACAGAGCGUGAGCUGCAGAUCUCCGGCCUGCAGCCUUUCACAGUUUACCGCAUCUACAUUCACGCCUGCAACCAGCAGGUCCAGCGCUGCAGCGCAGCCGAGUUUGUCUUCUCCAGGACCAAGCCUGCAGAAAAGGCUGAUGACAUUCCAGGAACGAUGACAUGGGUAGGCCAUGAGGAAUUUGUAUUUCUACGUUGGCCAGAGCCACCUCACCCCAACGGACUCAUCCUUAUGUAUGAGAUCAAGUUUAAACUGGCUGCAGAGGCCGAGAAACACGAGUGUGUAUCCAGACAAAUGUAUCAGACCCAGCGUGGCUUUCGGCUGUCCAACCUUAGUCCAGGAAACUACUCAGUCAGAGUGAGAGCCACAUCACUGGCUGGCAACGGCUCCUGGACUCACACUCUGGAUCUCUAUGUGGCUGAAAGAUAUGAAAAUGUCCUCUACGCUAUGAUCUUCGUUCCCAUCACCAUCAUCUUCUUGAUCACUUUUCUGGUCGUGAUGGCGGUCAUCUUCAACAGGAAAAGGAACAGCGACCGGCUUGGCAACGGUGUCCUGUACGCCUCGGUCAACCCCGAGUACUUCAGCGCUGCAGAAAUGUAUGUACCGGAUGAGUGGGAGGUGGCUCGGGAAAAGAUCUCCCUGAGUCGGGAGCUUGGCCAAGGGUCGUUUGGAAUGGUGUAUGAGGGCAUGGCUAAGGGUGUGGUGAAAGAUGAACCAGAGACGCGCGUCGCCAUCAAGACCGUCAACGAGUCGGCCAGCAUGAGGGAGAGGAUUGAGUUUCUCAAUGAAGCCUCCGUCAUGAAGGAGUUCAACUGUCACCAUGUGGUUCGUCUGCUGGGUGUGGUCUCUCAGGGCCAGCCCACCCUGGUCAUUAUGGAGCUGAUGACGAGGGGAGACCUAAAGAGCUAUCUCCGCUCACUGCGACCUAAGGAGCAGCAGUGGUCCAGCCUGUCUCUCCCUCCCCUGAAGAAGAUGCUUCAGAUGGCCGGGCAGAUCGCUGACGGCAUGGCUUACCUCAACGCAAACAAAUUUGUCCACCGCGAUCUGGCAGCCAGGAACUGCAUGGUGGCAGAGGACUUUACCGUUAAAAUAGGAGAUUUCGGCAUGACCAGAGACAUCUAUGAAACAGAUUACUACCGCAAAGGUGGGAAAGGUUUGCUCCCAGUCCGCUGGAUGUCACCAGAGUCUCUGAAAGACGGUGUCUUCACCACCAACUCAGAUGUCUGGUCGUUUGGGGUAGUGCUGUGGGAGAUCGCCACUCUGGCGGAGCAGCCCUACCAAGGUCUGUCCAAUGAACAAGUUCUUCGCUUUGUCAUGGAGGGUGGACUGCUGGAGAAGCCGCAGAACUGUCCAGACAUGCUGUUUGAGCUGAUGCGAAUGUGUUGGCAGUACAAUCCAAAAAUGCGUCCAUCCUUUGUGGAGAUCAUCAGCAGCAUCAAAGAUGAGCUGGAACCAUCUUUUAGAGAGGUUAGUUUCUACUACAGCGCUGAUAAUAAGCCAGCUGAAAGUCUGCAGCUCCACCUGGACAAGCUGGAUCACACGGAGGACGUUGGUUUGGACGCCCCAUCUACUACACAUCAAACCCCACAACAGACGCCCCCUUCCCCGAGCUCAGAGGCUAAACCCGCCCCGUCACUAGCCCCCAGCUCUCCUUCCUCUCCCUGCACGUCGAGCUCUGUCAUGGACAAGCAGCCCUCCAGCCAGCAGGCAGCCAACGGGCUCUCGGGGGCGGGCCUUCCAGCAGGGUCAGGGCUUGGGGCUGGCUCGGGUGUCACAAUUCGACCGUCUCUGGACGAACUGCCGCCGUACGCGCACAUGAACGGAGGACGCAAAAACGAGCGUGCCAUGCCUCUCCCGCAGUCCUCCGCCUGCUGAUCGGACAGACACACCCACCAGACUGCAAACCAUCCACCUACUGCCCCGAGGAUCCAGAUGUCUCAGUGUGGGUGAGACCUUUUUUUUUAUUUUUUUUUUUUAUAAUGAAAUACAGCAAAUCCUGCUCCACCACAUGGAUGCGGCUACUGGGUGAAACGCAAAAAGACUCAUAUGGAGUUGGAGAAAACUGAGUCCAUGUGCUGCUGUAUCUCCUCACUUUUUUCAUAUUACUUUUCAUAUACUAUUUUCCUGCUGCUGAGCGGGAAGACCAAAAAGAAAAAAAGAAAAAAAUGGUAAAAGAAAGAAAAAGAUAAAAAAUCAUUCAGGGGAGCUCUUUUUUUUCCUCUCCUUAUGGCCGAACUUAUUUUAUAAAUUGUUGUUUGUUACUUUUUUUAUGUGUCUCCACAAGGGGGAAAAAAUAUGUAGGCCUUUAUAAAUGAUUGGCGUUUUGUUUGCUUUUGAACGGGCAUUAUGGUGAAAACAAUAAGCAUAAUGAAGAAGCAUUUUCACAGAGGUCUCCCUCAGCUUUUCAUUAGUUUGAUAUCAGCAUAAUGCCGGGUCAACAGCCAAUCCACUCAAACAAACAACCAAGAGGGGGAGAGGGGUCAGCUCUGCCAAAUUUAUUGCCAAAAUUGUGCUGUUUUCAGAUUCUCUUACCCUGUUAUUCUGUAACACACAUCGUGAGAAUGGAAGCAAAAACAAACAAAAGCACUUUUGAUCUGCCACUGCACCGUUCAUUUAUCAAUCAGAGGGACAUAAAAUUCCCUCCACUGUCCACCAUUUUACCUCGGUUGAUAUCUACAGUUUUUCUAUCAAGUCGUCGCAAAGACUUUGGUCCCAUAAAUUCAUUUAUCUCAAAUUGAGCCACAUUUCCUCACAAAGUGCUGUUCUGUUGCGGUUCAACCACCAAAUACGGUGAAUUAAGAAGCAAAAAAAAAAAAAAAAAAAAAAGGAAUAAAAGAAAUAACUUUAAAGCGAGGACUGCAGAGGAAGGAGCGUGAAGAGGAAAACGAAUAUGAACACAAGAUCUAUUAUGACUCAGUUGGUGUUCUUCCUGAGUUUAGAGGCAUCCUUGUAUACAAACAGGUAUUUUUUUAGAUUUGUCUGUACUCUACAUUUAAAACAUCUCUACGUGGGCAGAGCAUUUAUGUACACACCAUUUGUUUGUCACUUUUCUAACUUUUUUACAGUUGGAGACUUUGAUCAUGUACAGAAAGAAGCUGCUAUUCCUUUAUUUCUCUUGUGGUUGUAAUAUAAUCAAUAUUAAGAUAUUAAAAAGAGAAAAAAACUCCUUCAGGUUGAAUUCAGCUUGGAACGUUUCCACUACAGUUCAUUUUUUUAUGCUUGUUAUUGUGUAAAGUGUAUCUGAGCUGGUUUCGUUUCUGUGAAUGCCUAAAAGGUACGACAAUUUGCCUUGUGUUUUGAAACACCGGUAACUUCCCCACAUCUGACUAAAGGACAGCGAUGGUGCCAGUGACCGUCAGUGUUCACUUGGGAUGCUCUGACAUCUGUCCUCUAAGUUUCGGACAAACCACCUCUAUUCAUCAUCAGAUUCAGAGGCCUAGCGUCCCAACUAAAUCUCAGGUCGAAGAGAAAAUUUAAAUCCUUUUCUGGUCUCCUUUUUCCCCCCCUGUUGUUUUUUUUUUUUGUAAAUUAUAGUCAGACACAGCCAGCACUUGCUGAUGUGUUAAAAGUUCAAUCUACAUCCUUCAAACUCUGUUAUUUAAUUUGUUCUGUAGUUAUCACAACUCAAGCAGUGUUUAUCAGCUUUUGAUGGGUUCUUGCAGUUAUUGUAUGGAGCCCCAACACUGACAAAGUAUCAGUCAGCCAUUUUGAUUAAUGCUGAGAGUUAAAUUACUCAUAUUCAACAUAGAACUUUUCAAUAUGCUUUCAUUUUCUCAUUUGUUACUAUAAUGCUAGAAUUUUUCCCCCAACUCCUCAGAUACUUUGUGGAGGGGGCACACAGUUGCUCAAAUAUCUGCUCACUGUUUUUGUCUUGUCACAUUUAUCUGAAAUCCUUAAGCUAGCCAGCCGGCUAACUUAAGCUAGCUUUUACCAUGAAACGACACCACCAAAAAACACAAAUCAUCCAUGCCCUAAACUACAUUUUGUAGUCAAAGUAGUUUAAAAUUUUAGCUUUAAUAUUUACAACUGGAGUUAAAUUUUUCGCAAGGUUUGUAUUAGUUAAGAAACCUUGUUAGCUAAUACCAACCUAAUAAGAAUUUAGCAUUAGCUAGUAUUAGCCAACACCCUAAUGCAAAUCUUGUGGAAAUUUAUGACUAGCUUUCGAAGUUUAUUAGCUAAUGCUAAGCUUAUGAGUAUUUUGUAUUAACUAACAUCAUCGAACACAAUUUAUUAUCUAGUUCUUCUGAGUUAUCAAACUAACACUACAAAGAGCAUUUUACUGUAGUGUGUUAUGACAAAUUACUCAGAAAACAUUGUUAGAACUUCUGGUGAAGACAAGAGACCCAUGUAAUGUUAAACAAAGAUCUGUGAACCUACAAAUUGCGUUAACUACCUAACUUUUAGCAUUAAGUGUUUAGUAAGUGAUAUAACAAAUUAUCAGACUGGUUUUAUAGCUUCGGGGUGUGGUGGUUGUCUUAUUUAAAAACUGAAAUUUGAUGGUUUCGGAUGAGCUAGCAGUGCUUUCUUUAACGGCCUGCUUUCAGAUAAGUGUGCUAGCCAGAUGAUCCAGUGAUGACAAUUGUGUGCAAAAUUCCUGCAUAAGUGAUUGCCCUGAUUAUAAAGCACACUGAUGUGAUGUCAUGUAAGGCUUAUAAAAAUGGGAAAUGUUGUGUGGGGACAGUUGAGAGCAGAUAAAUGACAAAAUGUGAGCCAAUUCUCAAAAUAAGGAAAACUUUAGUUGGAAAUAUUCAGUGUUCUAAUGAAAGGUAAAAUGAAGUUAUCAAAUGUCACGUUUUAGUUAUUUGGCUGACACUGUUUUCUGUUUUUUUUCUGAUAACCCUUUACUUCAUGUUGUAAGUUUCAGGGUUCCAUACAUUUAAAUGGUGAAUUUUUGGUUCAGCACAUGAACAGAGUAAAUGCAGAAUAGAAUUUAUUUGAUGUAGCAGAGAGCCUUAUACUUUUUUCCUCCACUAAAUAGUGUCUGAUCAAUUUGCUCGACUGAUUAUUAUUUCUCCUUUUUCAUAUUUUAUGAUAUAUUCAGAUGUAUUUGUUGAAGAUUUCUGAAAGUAAAGUUGAGAAUUAAGGGGAAUUAUCUUAAAGCAUGCAGUUUUGUCUAAAAUGCUUUUGAAACACUAAGAUGUCCUGAGUGACACUAAAAUUAUUCAUUAGAGGAAAGGCGUUUUGAGGCCCUACUUUUUGAGGAUACUAAAUCUAAACAAUUGAUUUGAGAGCUAACUGUUUUUGAAGAUCCACAUCUGGGCAUUAGACUGCUUUAUUUAGGUUUAAUGAAGAAAAUCUUCAUGGUGGUCCACAUGGAAUAUAUUUGAAAAGGAUUAUUUGCCUCAUAAAAGUGACAUUUUGAUUCCCUGCCCAGAUAUUUUUUAUAUAUUUAUUUUCUGUUUUGUGAAGUGUAAAUCACUGUACAAAUCUUCCCACACGUUUAUAUUUUCUCCCUCUAAUAUUGUUAUGUUCUACUAUUUUGGGGGAAGGUUUUGUUACAAUACCUUCAACCAUCCAUCUACCUCACAUUUUCUUUUCUUUUUCAGUCUAUUUUACAUGUACAGAAAAAUAAACCAUCUCAUCUCUGUUUUCCAGCUGUGAUGAUGAUCUCACUGGGUGCUGUUUAACAUGGUCAAAUUCAAACCACAAACUUAAACUAUCCUGAAAGUGGGAAGGGAGGGGUUUGAAGACAGCAAUCAAACAUUCACUCUUCUGCUGGAUUAUUGCGCAGGACCUGUAAAGUCUGAUAACAAUUGCUUGGAGUCUGAUGGACUGGAGGUUGUUUAUAUUUCUCAGAUCUUCUGCUGUGAGGAGGUAGAAAGUCAGAGAAGUGUAUUCUUUUGUUAAUUUGUUCUGUGUGUGUGUAUAUUGCACAUGCCCCACCACAUUAUGUAUUCACUGGCCUCUCAUAGUAUAAUAAGAAUAUUUGAUGCCAUCAGCCACUGUAAAAAAAUGUGGUCUUUCUCCUUUUAUACGAUUGAUAGACACCCACUGAGAAUCUCGGACAUUCAAGCUCACCUCUUUGCCAUGACUUUAUCUUAUUCAAACACUUUGACACAUAAGAAUCUGUAUAAACAGGACUGCAUGCUGAUGACCAGCUAUUUCUAUAUUUUUAGAGAGGCAGUUUAAUAUCGCUGCUGUUAUUACAUUCCUAAGGCCAUUGUGGGACCUCUGCUGGUCACGUGAGUUGGCUAAAAAAGCAGUCUUUGUAGGUUGAUUUUUAACCAACGGUUUCAAGUCAAAAUGGAGUAGCAAGUGGUUUCAUAGAUCUGUUUGUUUUAAAGACAUGAUCUAGUUGACGAUCUGGACUACAUACUUCUUGCUGCUUGACAAAAUAGUCUCAAGUAUAUAUAUUUUUUUAGAACUGCAACUGAGGUUUCAGGACUUACAUUUAAAAAGCUUCCUGCAUGUUCUGCUUCUAGUUUUGAUUCUUUUUCUUGUUCUAAUAAAGCAGCAAUCUAUUUUAAUAACCAGACCAGGUGUAUCAUUGAUCCAGAUACUGGUUUAGAUCUUUAUACCCAAUCCAACCAGAGCUUACCAAUCGAAUUCUGGGGUUAGGGUGGGAAUUUCAGUGUUUGUGGUCUGAGUUUUGCCUCAUUUUUACCACUGGAACGCCUCACAAAGCCAAUAUGAAAUCAAUCAAAUUUCUGUUUUACUUUCCUUUUCCCCCUGUUUAUUUGUUACAUUGACAGUUAAUUUGUUACAUAUAUUUUGAAGUGUGUAAAUUAUUCAUAGCCCUCUGAGUCUUGCAUUUCUGUUGAAAUGAUCUGUUAGACUGAGAUUUUAUUUUGUUUUUUUUUUCUUUUUCUUUUGUACAUGCUGUUGUAAGAUUUUUUCCUGUUAUCAAUAUAUGCUGAAUACUGGGAAAAAUUAUUGGCUGAAGGAUAAGAGAAUGUCUAUUUCUCUGAUUCUUUUUUUUUUCUACACAAGAUUUAAGAUGAAUAAAAUGUAUGCAAACUGUU